AACAAAAUGAUGAAGAUAACGAGAAUAAUAACAGCAAACAAGAAGAAUUUACUAUGGCACAUUUUAGAGAUUUAUUAGGAAAGAUAAUUUCCAAUCCAAUAGUAAAGAUAAGUAUUAUUGUAAUUUACAUCAUUAACUUAUCAUUCGGAAUAUGGGGCACAUUUCACAUAGAACAUGGUAUUAAGUAUGAACGUUUAUUUCCAAAAGAAUCUAUUUUUACAGAAGGCUACGGUAUGGCUCUAAAGUACUUUAGACGUUAUUCAUAUCCGUUUCACAUAAUUAUAAAUGGAACGUUGGAUUACUCAGAUAUAAAUGUACAAAAAUCGAUAGAAAAUCUGCUGACAAAAUUCGAGAAACAUCCAAAUAUUGUCGGAGAAGAAUUCACUGUCUCUUGGUUGAAAUUCUACAAAGAAUUUCAGAAAAGUCCUGUAGCAAAAUUUUCAUUACAAGGCUACAAUAUGUCAAACAAGCAGGACUUUAUCGAUGGACUUCGCGAUGUGUUCUUUAAUAUCCGAGCUGCGCAGUCACUGUCUAAUGAUGUAGUAUUUAACAGCAACAAAACUGAUAUCUUAUUCAGUAGAUUUUUUAUUACGGGAAAAAAUUUGAAUUCUUCAUACUCAGAAAGAGAUACAUUAAGAGAUUUAUUGAAAAUUGCUGACGAAUCCGACAUUCCUGUACUUGUGCAUUGUGUUUUUGCAGGUCUUAUCGAGCAAGGAAUCAUCAUUGGAGAAAUUAUUCGACAAUUGUUUUGGAUUACUGCUAUACUAAUAACAACAGUUUUUUUACUGUUUGUACCGAAUUUAUUAGUCGCAAUUACUGUUGCAAUAUCUGUCGUAUCUGCAAUGGUAGAAACAUUAGGUUAUAUGUCGUAUUGGGGAAUCAGCUUGGAUAUUAUAUCAAUGAUGAGUCUUAUUCUAUGUGUGGGGUUCAGCGUAAACUAUCCUGCUCAUAUUUCGUAUGCUUAUGUCAUGUCACAAUGCGAAACACCAAACGAAAAACUAAAAGAUUCUCUAUAUCGUAUUGGUUUUCCAAUACUUCAAGGAUCAUUGACCACGGGAAUAGGAAUAUUGAUUUUAUAUUCUGAUGUAUAUUUUCUUUGCACAUUUGCGAAAAUUGUAAUACUUGUUGCUAUGGAAACAGCUUUUCAUGCUUUGCUUUUUAUUCCUGUUAUUCUUUCUAUCAUUUAUGCUAUUUUCAAUUAUUGA